AUGGCAUCUUCAUCAUCUUCAAACUCUGCUCACGCCUCUGCUUCACGAGUGUGGAAAUAUGAUGUAUUUCUUAGUUUUAGGGGAGAGGAUACACGCAACACCUUUGUGGAUCAUCUCCACUCGGCUCUUGUACAACGAAUUAUCCGCGUUUACAAGGAUGAUGAAGCACUUCUCCGUGGUGAUUGCAUCGGUCCGUCUUUGUUCAAGGCUAUCGAAGAAUCACAUAUUGCUGUCAUAGUGUUCUCCAAAAACUAUGCGGAUUCUUCUUGGUGUUUAGACGAACUUUCAUAUAUUAUGAAAUGCAUGGAUGAGAAGGGGCUAAUCGUCAUGCCCAUUUUCUAUGACGUUGAUCCCUCGCAAGUUAGGAAUCAAGAAGGGAACUUCGGAGAAGCAUUUGCCAAACAAGAGGCGAAAAACGUCACCAAAGCUGAAUUGUGGAGAAAAACACUUUUUGAUGCCAGUAACAUUGCUGGGUGGGAACCCAAGCACGUUGCCAACGGGUAA